AUGGGUAAGCACCUCCUGCUGUCACUGGUCAUCCUCUCCUUAUUGCUGGGCUUCCUGCAAGCUCUACAAUGCUUUCAUUGUGAUCGAGUCAAUGCCAGUGGGGUUUGCGUGACUGGGGAAAGAUUCUGCCAGGCUAAAGAAUUCCAGCAGUGCUAUGUGAGGAAGGUCUAUGAAGAUAACAUCAUUUCCUAUGGAUACCAGGGUUGUAGCAGCCUAUGUUCUCCUAUGAUGCUCUUUAAUCGCAAUGCUGCUGUGGAUUGGAAAUGCUGCAAUAACUCAUCUCUCUGCAACAAGUUCUAAAGGCAGGGCCCAGCUUUUGCCCUGAUCUGGUGGAUAAAGCUGAUUCAGCAUACUUUUCAACAAUUAUAAUCUUCAAGACUACUGUGACCUGAACAUGAUUUCCCUCCAAGAAGUCUCAGACUAGUUCCCUUUUCAGGCCCCAUUUCCUUUUCUUUCCAUUAUUGCAAGAUGCUGCAACGACAGUCUUUAAAACCAAAUUGGGGUGAAUAAUGGUGGUCAUAGCUAGGUCCAAGGAAACCUUCUCCCUUUUCAGGCUCUAAUUAAGAGUCACAUUGGUUGCCGCUUUAAAAGGCAGGAUUUGUGGGAGCUUCCUUUAGUGUCUGUGUGAUGCUUUUAACGCUGAGUGCUCUGUAGGUAGUAGCUGAAGAGAGAGGGAGAACCCUCAAAAGCUGAAAAGGGUAGUAAGAGUGGGGAGGGCCCUAAAUGAUGUAUUAGUUGAGCAGGCUAGCUGGUGUAACAAAAAUCUCUGAAAUAUCAGUGGCUUCAAACAACAAAAAAUGAUUGCUAACU